CAUGCCUUUGCAACAAAAUUUUUGAAUCACGUCCAAUCAACAGUAACAUUAAUAUUUCAAUAGAAGUUUUGGAUUAGUUUCAAUUUCGAAUUAAGUGAGCCUAAGUAUUUAUUUACCACUCAUGGCGUCCAAUAAUGAAAUUAACUUGGAGACAGACAUAAUCAUCGAACUUCUGGAGAUUUACAUUAACACAAUUCUGUACGCGCGCGAGAUUUACCCGCCAGAAAUAUUCCGCGAACGAAAGGCAUACAACAUACCUGUGCAUAUUUCAAUUCUUAAACCGUUGAACGAAUAUCUAGGAAAAACGUUGCAAGCAGCCAGGGAGCUCAAACGACAGCGAAAGCUCAAUAAAGUGGAAAUACUCGUAUAUAAACACGAUGCCAGUCAUUUGGAGAGUUACGUUUUCGAACUGGAAGAUCGUGAGUUUGCUCUGGAAACUGACGAGCAUUUGAUAGAGCUUGAAGAGCAAAUUCGUAUAUCGCUACUAAAUCUGGACGGUCAGCUGAAGACGCUUCGAAAGUUACCUUCGAAUGCUACCUUCAAAGUGUUACUUCAUACCACCGAAGCAGCCUUUGUUCGACUGGAAAAUAGUUCCAAAUUGGAAAACUAUUCUUUCGUGCAAGAAACGGAACAGAAUCAGGGGCACAAAUCGAAUACCCAACUUCUGCCAGUAUCGCACACGGCUAGCGUGGGGAUUCAACUUUACGUUGAAGAGUAUUUGUAAAACUUUUUGUCGUGUCUAACGACUAACCUUUCGACAUAAUGAACCGUUUGAAAUGUGAAUUUCUUCCUCUAGGACCUUUUGAAAAAACAAAAGGAAAUAGCUCCCACUGUAACUGUACUGAAAGGAACAAUUUGAUUUUUGCAUUGAUAAUAAUUUCUAUCUUGUAUUAUAAUACUUCGAGUUAUGUGCGACUGUAGACCGGAAUGAAUAAUUCAAAUAUAUUCAUAA